AGUGCGCGGCGGGUUCGGCUGACCGUUGGCCCCUCGGUCGGCGCCCUAGCAGACCUCCCCUCGCCGCCCCUCGCCGCCCCGCUCCUCCCCGCCUCCCCGGAUCUGGUUCCGACACCCCAGCGCCGAGCCGGGGAGGCGGGGAGGACUCCCUAAGUGUGCCGCUCGGAAGCCUCCCGCUCGUCCCGCCCCGAAGCCUCCCGCUCGUCCCGCCCCGAGGGGCGUGAGGAGGGGAGGGGCUGCGGACUUCGGACUCGGGCCUGGAGACCGCCUCCUACCCAGAGCCGGAGCCCGCAACCCGCUCUGGCGGCGACGGAGCCAUGUCGCCGCUGCUGGGGCUCCGGCCCGAGCUGCAGGACACCUGCACCUCGCUGGGACUGAUGCUGUCGGUGGUGCUGCUCAUGGGGCUGGCCCGCGUGGUCGCCCGGCAGCAGCUGCACAGGCCGGUGGCCCACGCCUUCGUCCUGGAAUUUCUAGCCACCUUCCAGCUCUGCUGCUGCACCCACGAGCUGCAACUGCUGAGCGAACAGCACCCUACACACCCCACCUGGACGCUGACGCUCGUCUACUUCUUCUCGCUUGUGCAUGGCCUGACUCUGGUGGGCACGUCUAGCAACCCGUGCGGCGUGAUGAUGCAGAUGAUGCUGGGGGGCAUGUCCCCCGAGACGGGUGUGGUGAGGCUAUUGGCUCAGCUGGUUAGUGCCCUGUGCAGCAGGUACUGCACAAGCGCCUUGUGGAGCUUGGGUCUGACCCAGUAUCACAUCAGCGAGAGGAGCUUCGCUUGCAAGAAUCCCAUCCAAGUCGACUUGCUCAAAGCGGUCAUCACAGAGGCCGUCUGCUCCUUUCUCUUCCACAGCGCUCUGCUGCACUUCCAGGAGGUCCGAACCAAGCUUCGUAUCCACCUGCUGGCUGCACUCAUCACCUUUUUGGUCUAUGCAGGGAUUGUUUUAAUGGUAGAAAGGAAAGAUAACUUAUUAACUGCCUCUUUCUUCAUGCCAAGGUGGCAUAGAUCGUUUCGGAUACCCUUACUGAAAAAUGAUCCUGGCUUUACAAAGUUCCUUUCGAUUUAAAGCACAAGGCACAUGAUUGGUUAGUAUAAGAGCGGAGGGUAGAAAUUUUGUAGUUCCAUUUUAGUCCUAUAAAUGACGUAAAGUCAUUUCUUAUUUCCUUAAUAAUUCAUUUUGAGUUAUGAAAUUUCUUAUUUCCUUAAUAAUUCAUUUUGAGUUAUACAUGAACUUUUAAGUGACCUAUUAAGAAAAUGUGUUUAAAUGAUAACUUGCUUCAAAUUAAAGAUUAUUUUUAAAAUAUAACUCUUGAGAAAUCUGUUGAUUUCUUUUAAACCAUUUGUUUACUUUAACAGAUCUCAGAUGCAGUGGGCAAUCUAGUCCUAAGUGGGAGGAGGAAAUCCAAAACACAAGUAUUUAAUGAUGAAAUGUGUCAUUUUAAAUGAUUACAACAGAAUAUCUUUAUUGGGACUACAUCUAAAUUAUAAAAGACUGUGGAGGCAGAAAUAACAAAGGAAAUUUGUGGUAAUGGUUAUCUUCUGCCCAUUAAAAGUGAAACCAUGACUAGAAGCAAACUUCAAGAUAAGGACUGCUAAACAUGUACUUGACCUUCUAGGGUAAAAAUGAAAGCCUUCAACUGGACGCGGUGGCUCACGCCUGUAAUCCCAGCACUUUGGGAGACCGAGGUGGGUGGAUCACCUGAGGUCAGGAGUUUUGAGACCAGCCUCGCCAACAUGGUGAAACCCCGUCUCUGCUAAAAAUACAAAAAAAAUUUAGCCGGGCGUGGUGGUGGGCGCCUGUAAUCUCAGCUACUCGGGAAUCUGAGGCGGGAGAAUUGCUGGAACCCGGGAGGCGGAGGUUGCAGUGAGCCGAGAUCAUGCCAUUGUACUCCAGCCCGGGCGACAACAGUGAGACUGUCUCAAAAAAAGAAAGAAAGAAAGCCUUCCCAAUCAAUUUCCCCUUCUUUAGGUCUGGUACCACUUUUUAAGUAGACAUAAAUGGAAAUAAAUGGUAUAGGAGAGUGAAGGGGGCCGGGCGCAGUGGCUCACACCUGUCAUCCCAACACUUUGGGAGGCCAAGGCGGGUGGAUCGCUUGAGCCCAGGAGUUCGAGACUAGCCUGGGCAACAUAGAGAAAUCCCAUCUCUACAAAAAAUACAAAAAUUAGCCGGGCGUGCUGGUGUGCGCUUGUAGUCCCAACUACUUGGGAGGCUAAGGUGGGAGGAUCACCUAAGUCCAGGAGGUUGAGGCUGUGGUGAGCUGUGAUAGUGCCACUGCACUGCAGCCCGGGUUAUACAGACCCUGUCUGUCUCAAAAGAAAAAAAAAAAGAAAAAGAAAAAAACAAUGACAGGUACAGGCAUAUUUGAGGGAUUGGUGAAUAGUUGCUUAUUUAUUGAAGUUUUAGAUUUUAGCUAAAGCAGAAACAUCCCCUGUAUAUGAACAGAAUUGUCGCUGCAAAAAGAGUUAUGCCAUGGUUUAGCUCUUUAUUUCUACAAUUAGAAGCAGUAAAAACUUA